CAAGCUGUCCACGUAGGCUUCUCGCAUUGGAAUACAUUCAUUGCACUUACAUAAACCGAGUCUCAUGAAAAAUCCUGCUUAGGGUUUUAGCGUUGUGUCCAGUGUCCCCGGUCCCGUUUGAAACAUUGCGAAGCAAGUGAAGAUUAUAGGGAUGGCUUUCUUUGGUAGAGUUGGGAAUAUACUAAGACAGGCUGCAAAUAAGCAGCUCAGCUCAGAAUUGCGUACAGCUCCAUCUAUUUUCCAGGCUAUACGGUUCAUGUCAUCUGCUGCAAGUUCAAGGGUGUUUGUAGGAGGACUGUCAUAUUCCACUGAUGAGCAAAGUUUGAGGGAAGCAUUUGCAAAAUAUGGUGAAAUAGUUGAUGCAAGGAUAAUUAUGGACCGUGACUCUGGUAGAUCUAGAGGGUUUGCCUUUGUCACUUUCACAUCAGUUGAGGAGGCAUCAAGUGCUAUUCAGGCAUUGGAUGGUCAGGAUCUUCAUGGUCGCCGAGUUCGGGUAAAUUACGCUAAUGAGAGGCCUCGAUUUGGUGGCGGUGGUUUUGGUGGUUCUUAUGGCAAUGCUUCGUAUGGUGCUGGAGCUGGUGCUGGCUAUGGAGGCAGUUAUGGUAACCCUCCUUAUGGUGGUUCUGGUGCAUAUGGUGGCAAUGCUGCUGGAGGUUAUGGUGGUAGUGGAUAUGGUGGAGGAAGCUAUGGAUCAGGUGGCAAUUUCGGUGACAGUGCCGGCAAUAACUAUGCUCCUAACAAUUUUGGAGCUGGAGCUGCAGGUGGCAGUUAUGGAAACGAUGGUAGCUUUGCAAGUGGAAGCCCUUAUGCUGGUGGAAGUGGGGGAUAUGGUGGUAACAAUGGAAGUGGACCUGCUGCUGAUAGCUUUGGAACUGUAAGUGCUGGUGGUGGCUUUGGGGGAACCAAUUAUGCAAGUGAUGGGAACUUUGGGAGUGGAAGCACUUAUGCUGGUGGCAGCAGUGGAGGCUAUGGUGGUAAUAGUGGGAACUUUGCAAGUGAAAGCACUUAUACCGGUGGGAGCAGUGGAGGAUAUGGUGGCAACAGUGGGAACUUUGGUGUUGCUGGUGGUGGUGGAGGUAGUGAUAACCAUGGAAGUGCUCCUAGUUUUGGUGCUCCAGUCAGUGGUGGUAGUGAUAGCUUUGGCAGUGCUGCUGGAUUUGGCAGCAGCGGUAGCUUUGGCAGUGGUGAUAGCUUUGGUGGUGCAUCUGGAUUCGGCAGCAGCGGUAACUUUAGCAGUUCAGCUGAUUGUGGUGGCAGUGGUGGUCCAGGUUCUGGAAGCGGCUUUGCUGGUGGAUAUGAUGGAGACAUCAGCAGCAGUGAUCAAUUGGAUGGCAAAGAAAGCAGCAAUAUAGGUGAGGAUGUUGGAAAUUUUGGGAACACGAUAGAGGAAAACUACCGGGAUGACGAUGAUGAUGGUAAUUUUGCCAAAAGGGCUUGAAGAAAUCUUGUAGGGGUCUUAGAUUUCUGCUGCUUUCUUGACCAGCCCUCUUUGAAGCUGUGUUGGAUGGACUUGUGCCUGAUGAAGUUUUUCAAGCAUGUAAUUUCGUUCAGAAAUACAAAGCUGAGAAGAAAGUAAUAUCAAAGGCGAUUUUUCUCGUCAUUCUUCCUUCCUAUUCUAAGAAAAGGGCAUUUAGUAUUUGUUGCGUAAUUUAAGGCGAUUUUUGCAUUUGGCCACGUUGGAAUCCUUAAAUUUAGAUUGUAAAUCGAUGCUUGAGGCAAACUGCUAUACUAAUAAUUCAUGGCUGACUUGGAACUUUUUGAUAAGCCCUUCUAAAGGCGCUAUACUUAAUUUACUUGCCCCUUUUUUUCC